AUGUUGCCUCGAAAAGUAACAUUGUUUGCAGUUGUUGCAUUUGCAACUUUGUGUUUGUGCCAUGCUGGGGAUAUUCACAAUCCUAGAAAGGGACGAAUUGUUGGUGGAACGGUGGCCUAUCCAGCCCAGUUUCCCUUUAUGGCAGCCAUCACAAUUCAAACUUCAAUUAGCAGAAUAUUUUGUGUGGGUGUUCUUUUAAAUAACCAGUGGAUAUUGACUGCUGCUCAUUGUAUAAAUGGGGCUGUUUUACUUACGAUACAGAUAGGAUCCAACAGUUUAUCACAAGCAGAUUCUAAUCGGUUAACCUUAGCCACUUCCACGUAUGUGGUGCAUCCAGAGUUUAAUCCAGAAACUAUCGAACAUGACGUUGGUCUCAUCAAACUUCGAUUGGCAGUUGAUUUUACAGAUUAUAUCCGAGCCACAAGUUAUUUACCAUCAUCCCCAAUUGUAGCGUAUCAGAGUGUACAAGCAGUAGGGUGGGGGCAAAUAAGCGAUGUCGAUGUUACUCUUUCGGAUGAACUGAGAUGGGUUCUAUUGUCAGCAAUAUCUAACGAAGAAUGUCGAUUAACCUAUGGAGCUCAAAUCACAGAUACUAUGGUUUGCGCUAGUGGAAAUUAUAACGAAGGUCCUUGUCUUGGAGAUAGUGGCGGUCCAUUAAUACAUGUCCAAGACGGAGGUCGUGUAGAAAUAGUAGCUGUUGCUAGUUUUGUCAGUGCCAAUGGUUGCGAAAGUUCAGAUCCGUCUGGAUAUACAAGGACGUAUCCGUAUGUAAAUUGGAUAAGAAAUGUUACAGAUAUCUGGGAUUAAAGAUUUUGACUCUGUUCAAUAAGACAAAUAAAAAAAAUGUCCCCACAA